CUCUAUCCAAGUCCUCUGACGAUCCCGCCUUUCGCACUAGCUAUGAUUCGCACGACUCACCCUAGGCUCCGUGGCUCGGCCAUGACACCGUACCACUCUCGCUCUUCCUCUGCUCCAAUAACCCGACUCGCCCCUUGUAUUCGGACUCUGUCGCCUGCAGAGCGAGUCUUGAAGGCCGAACUGAAGACUGCUGGCCAACUACUCAGCUUCAACUGCGACACUCAGUCUUUGGACGUUGUUGGAUACCCUUGCUACGAUGAUGGAGAAGUCGUCCCACCUGAUGCACUUGAACGGUUUUCGAGGGAGCGGUGCUGGCCUGACGGUAUGCGAUGUUUCUGUGACCUUGUCCAUGGCAUGCACCACUCUCGUCCACCACGAGUGUUCGUUCCGAGGACUGGUGUUCAUGCUGGCUCGCCUUGUCUCGGCUGCCGAUCUUAUGGCCGGGAUGGAGGGCACUGCUCGUAUUUCGUCAACAUCAAUGAUGUCCUACAGUCGGCUGAUAUCUGGACCGAGAGUCUUGUCCUUGAAGUAUUCCCGAGAAGGCAACACAACGGUCUCAUCGAGGGACUGCCAAUGACACCGACCAGGACUGGGCGCGGUGCUCCUGGCAGUGCUGCUCUCGUUGGAGUGGGGCUACCAUCGACCGGAUCACUGUCACCCCUGACACCUUUGUCAUCCGCAUGGUCGUCGCCGAGCAGCAUUCAUUUUGCAGUGGCGACAGGCGCUCCCGCAGAAGCCGGUCCGAGCAACGAGUCGGCAGCUGCGUUAUGGCACAGUACUACGAGUCGGCGCGAACUGUUGCCUUCUGAGGAUGACGUGACGAGCACGAUACUCGGGCUCCUGGACGAGUCUGCACUGGGAGUUAGCCCUGCGGAUCUUACCCGGGUCAUGGGCAAAUGCCGCCUUUGCAACAGGUGCAUGGGCCGCAACGUCUUGCUGAAGCACGAUUGCACUGGCCGGGUCGAAUCCUCGGAUGACAUAGAGCUAGGAUACCUUCUCGCGACUUCCUACGAGGGCAGAUCUCUUUCCCCCAUUGCGGGUGGCUCUAACAACAGACUCGCGUCGCCGAGCCAACUUGAAGCAUCUCAGAAGGUUCUAUCGACUUGUUCUUCAAUGACCAGCACACUGAAGCUUCGUCGAAGGCUGGUAAAGGCAAGGCUGCCACCAAGCCCACGGUCGCAGACGACGAUGUCAUCAGUAUCGCAUCGACUGACGCAGGCGACGCAAAGGCUACCAUUGACCUGACGUUUUCUGACGAUCCUCUCUUCUACAUGGUGCUGCCCGACGGUACAAUCGACCUCACCGGAACGGACUGAUCAAUAUACUUCGUC